AUGCCCAAAACACCAAUCCAGCGACGGGAAAAAACACUCAAUCCGAAUGAUCCCAAGGUAACUCCUCGAGAAUUAGUCAACUUUAUAAGACUUAGGGCGGCCCCGGGAGAGUCGAGUGGAUACAAUUUGAAUACACCAAUAGCUGAACUGCGAAGUGUGGCGGACAGUCUCUGCAAGCCACGAUUUGGUGAAGGACCUUUGCAAACGGAGCAGCAAGUUACAGCCCCGUCAAAACCGCGCCUCAAACUGGUCCUCCGUCGUGAGGGAAACAAUGGAGAUGGGAUUCCGGCGACGAUUCCGGCAAAUGCGAGCCAGACGGUGGGAGGGGGCGAUCCCGGGCCUAUAAGUAGUCCUUUAACUUCCGUGGAUGGCGACGAGGGGACAAGAGCUAAUAAAUGUGGCGAGAAGAAAGGUCCAAUUAGUUUCAUAGCCACAGCGCCGAGGGGAAGGGCACUUGAAUGUAACAAGAAGGAGCAGAUGGUUUCGAGUCGGGGGAACGGUCCUGCGCGUCGUAAAAAAGUGAAGUCUGCGGCGACCAGUGGGCGAUCCAACUUCGAGCAAUUGGAGACAGUUGCUAGUAGUUCGAAGAAUGCUUCAAACAAGCGUUGCCUUGAGGAAGUUUCAUCGGAGAUGGCCGCCACUGCCGGACGCGACAUCCCAAAGAGAACAAGACUGUCCCCCAAACCGAUUGAUACUGUCCAUAUUGCACCUCUGAUUUCGCCAACGGGAAUAGAACUGUCGCCGGAGGAUUUACCGGGUCAAGGACCUAUGAUUUGGUUCGAGCCAGAUCAGCCGUUGGAAUCAUCAUCCCCUGGUAUGACAUCCAGUUGGACUCCUCUUACACCCACCUUCAGAAAUAUAUCGACGCCAACCAAUGAACCCGUAUAUGAAGCCGUGAAUCGUUUCGUGGAGGCCGAGCUAGAGGAAAUCGAAAGUUUACGUUUGAAAAAUUGUUUCCCCGUUGAUGAAACGUUGAGUCAGACCGUGGCGCAAGUUAUGAAGACGUUAGAAAUUGGGUUGUUAAACAGUGAGUUUCAAACAAAGAAGAUUUUUAAUGGCUUGUGGGCUGAUAAAUUUACUCACCAAUGCGACGAAUGCUGGGAUCAACCAGCGAGUGGGAUAGAUCUAUGUGAUACCCAAGGUGUUGAUGGAUUUUUCUCCGAGAGAUCCAUCUGUUCGAGGGAAGAGCCAACGGAUGUCUUCUUGGAGAAAUUAAUAGAGAGGGGUCUCAUUGUCCGUCCUCGGCCACCUCCACCAGCGUCAGAUGCUCAAGCCGAUCUGCAAAUGGGACCAGCCAAAUUGGUGACUCCGUCCUCAAGCGAGAAACCGGGAAUGGUCAUUGGAUGUCUCGAGUCGAUCCUUCCGGUAGAUCCGCUGAUCGUUUUGAGUCCGCCCCUAUCCACGCCCGCCGGGGGGGAAUACGACCAUUCUCAGUCUGACUACGGAGUUGCAAAACAUCAGAUCAUUGGCCCUACACGAGCUUCAGCAAGCAAAGUAGCCCCAAACCCUGACUGUAAAUCAGGAAGUUCCAAUGCAAGUGCUCACCGCCUUUCCUUGCCCCCCUCCCGCCCGCCCAUGGAUGAAGUCAAUGCAGCGCGUGAUGAGAUCAACUGGGACAAUAUUGAGGAUAAUCAGCGCACUGACCCAUACAAAGAUUUCUUCGAGGAUGUUUACAAGCAUGCCUAUGAGGCCUACUGCAAUGCCAAGCCUUCUGGACGCCAAAAUGGGCCUUCUAGUUCCGCCACUGGAAUCUUCAAAAUCCACCCGCCGGUCUCCGCGACAUUCAAACCUCUGUCAUCCGCGUUGCCCAUGGAUCUAGAUAUAGAAUCAUCAGUCCAAUCCGCCUCGGCCAGCUUUGUCCCUAUGGAUCUAGGCAGCAAUCGUUCAAUCGGACCCGAGUCAUCCGCCUUGGCCAGCUUCCCCUCAAGUGAUCCAGACAUCAAAUCAGGUAAGGUUUCAAACUUGAAUGACCAUCCUUGGGUAUAG